GAAUCACGUCAAUAUCCUAAUCCACGAUGAUUCUAUAUGAAUCAAAUAACUAACAUGAAAACAUUUCUAUGUUGUCAGUGAUUGUUUUGCUUUGCCAAUUUAAAAUUUAUUUAUGAACAUGCAUACGGAUUGUCUGUAUUAUUGCAAGGGAAGACUUUACUAUAGCAACGAUUUCGGUGAUAAAGUGGUUAUGGUGGAAAGAGGAGAUCUUCCAGGUUAAGACCCCCGGUGUGGCCUCCACUAGGGUUAUUUUUUCGAAGCGCGGCCGAAGACCUCCAAUGUAUUCCUAAUUAAAAAGAUAUGCCUGUUAGUUAUGCAGUACCAGCACUUCCUUCUAAUUCAUCUCAGGAAGGGAUCCGAGAGACGAUGUUGUAUAGUGGAUCAAAAUUUAAAGGAUUCCAAAAAUCUCAAGGAAAUUCUUACGAUGUAGAAGUGGUUCUGCAGCAUAUCGACUUGCAAAAUUCAUUUUUGUGUGGAUAUUUAAAAAUUAAUGGAUUGACAUUCGAAUUUCCAACACUUACAACAUUUUUUGAUGGAGAAAUUAUAUCGAAGAAAUAUCCAUUUUUAACUAGAAAAUGGGAGGCAGAUGAGGACGUUGACAAAGGUCAUUGGAGUAAAUUUGCUGCUUUUUCUGAGUACGAAGAGACAUUUAAUUCAGAUAAUUUCGAUUUUAAAAAUUUGGCAAACAGCGACUAUGUCUUUAUGCGAUGGAAGGAACAUUUCCUAGUGCCAGAUCACACGAUAAAGGAUAUAAAUGGGGCGUCUUUCGCUGGAUUUUAUUAUAUUUGCUUUAUUAAAUCUACUGGCAAAGUGGAAGGUUAUUAUUAUCACCGCUCAUCAGAGCUAUACCAAUCUAUUGAGUUGGAACAUAUACCUGAAAAUUCUUCGGAAGUGUAUGAAUUUAGAUAAAAUAAAAAUAGUUAUUUAUUCGAAA